AUGCAUUUCUUGGCUGCUUUAAUUGUUCUCUCCACACAGCUCAUAAUACGUACUCAAUGUGAACUUGGACCAUGUCCUAUAUCAUGGCGAUUACCGUGUCCUCUACCUCCGUGGCCACCGACGUACAAUAUGCAAUUGUCGACGCAACAGUAUUUCUAUUCAAGUGAAGGCUUCUAUAAUAAUCAAACACUUGCCUUCGCAGCAUUACAUGGUGUAGUAGGUAUAGAUUGGAUUAACCAUUUUGGUCUUCCGAAUCAUCGAGAAGAAACAUUAGCUCAACAAGCAGCUCUUAUUAAAGCUGUUAAUCCCAAAACUCGUGUAUUCGUCUAUCGUAAUGCUGAACUUGCACUUAAUAUCUAUGAUACUGGUGCGAAGGUCAUGUAUGAUCCGACGAAAACUGAUUGGUUUGUUUUAUAUCCCAAUGGUACCAUUUACAAUGAUUCUCGAAUGAUUGAUCAUUAUCGUCAGGAUCAGUUCUGUUGGGAUCAUAGAAAUUCAGCCGUACAAGAUUAUUUUGUAAAUUCUUAUGCUGGUAGUGCGUUUAACCAAUCCAUUGUUGAUGGGCUUUUUUACGAUGAUGAUGGAGGUAUUUGGCAAGAACGACACAACUAUCCAAAUUAUACUGAAGCUUAUCGACAGGCUGUCGAUGCAGCUCAGCAAGUAUCCUUAAAUCGAGCAUGGGAACUUGGACUGAAAUAUAAAAAACAUGCAUGGCAAGCUUGGUUAACUCCCAGUAUUCCGAACAUUAAAGAUACACCAGCUAGAUGCGCAGAAAAAAUGCGAACUGCAAUGACUAUGAAAAAUGUACCAGUUACAUUUCCCGGAAUGUACAGUGAGUCAUGCUCUGCUGCAUGGGAACUUUGCAAAGAUCUUCCACAACAAUUAGCUGCAUUUUUAAUAGCACGUGGUGAUUAUUGGCUAUUCUUUACACCGAAUACAUGGUGGAAGGAAGGAUUCGAAACUGAUUAUGGCGUUCCAUUGGAAGAUGCUCAUGAACCUACACCGAAUGUGUUUGUACGCAAAUGGAGCAAUGCUACUGCUAAGUUGGAUUGCAAUACUUUUGUCUCGGCAAUUACAUUACAUUCUUCUGCUAAACCAGUUGAUCAAUAA